UUUUAAAACAUCGUGUUAUGGGUAAAAAUAGAAAGAAGGCGACUAAACAGCUAGACAAAAAUGCAGAAAUAGAGAAAAUAGCUCACUCAUUGAUGGGCUUCAAAGAAAGAACCAAGAGUAAGAACAUCCUUGGCAAAAACAAGCAGAAGAUGCCAUAUCAUAUGUACUGUGGCAUGAAGGAUAAAGCUAUGAAGAAGAUGAACAAGGAAGAUGAAGAACAACGUAAACUUAGCACAUUCGGAGAUACCUCAAGGAAAUACAGAUUAAUGGAAGGUAUAUUCAUCAAAAAUGCAAGGGAAGAACGAGAACUAAAGAAAAAGAAAAGGGAAAGAAUGAGAAUUAGAAGGAGUAAGGCAACUGGAAUCUUGACUCUUCCAAAAAGCCUUCUUAAUGACGAUUAAGUGCUCUGU